AUGCAUCAAUUUUCUAGUGGAUACACUGAAGAACUGAAGGUUCAAUUGAAAAGAUGGGAGCAUCAGUUUCUAAAGCAAAACGGGAGAUCGCCUAUUAAGGAAGACAUCAGAGCUCAUCCAGAUAUUAAAAAUAAAUACAAGCAAUAUGCUAAAUUGAAACAUUAUCAGGCGAAGAAACCAAAACUGACCAGAUCGCCAAGUAAGGUUUCACAUCUGACACCUCAGAAGCGUGUAGACGCCGAGUUAGGGCCAACGCCUCAGAUAUAUGGUAAAGUGCUGAGUUUAUUUGAGAUGAACAUAUCACCAAGAGCAAAUGUUGUGAUUGCAGCUCCGUCUCCUACUAAAAAUGAAGCUGUUGCUGAAACGCUGAUAGGGACUGUACAGUUGGAGGAAGCGCAAUCAGUGAAAAGACAAUUGACUUUUUCGAUGACACCUACUUCAUCCCCGGUUAAAAGUCCAUCUUUAGGAACAACUAUGCCUAGGUUGCCAUCCCCUGAUAGCUCCAGGGAUAGCGGCUAUUAUGGACCCAAUUCUCCAGUAAAGUUUGACAAUGAUCUUACGCUAAAGUUAUCAAAAACACCCGUACGAUUGAAGGCUUCACAACCUAUCACCUGUGGAAGUCCUUCGCCAUUGCUAAAGAAGCCGGCUAAAAGCUUGUCCCAAUUGGCGAAGGAGCAUCAGGAAAUAUUGCAUGAGAUGAGUGCAGCAAACCAGGAUGGCGUCGUACGCAAUCUGGGUGAUAUCUUAGAGCAGAAGGCGAAGGAUGAUAAUUGUAGCACGGUAGAUAAUCUGAAUUAUGCCAAGAAAAGGAGAAGAAACGUAAUACGACCUGCUUUACAAACGAUUGAUGAGGAGAUACAACCGAAGAGGAAUAUCCAUGAACAGUUAGCCAAAUUGAAGCAAAAAGCGUUAAAUGAGUUCAAUGGCGUAGAAUCCGAUACGAGUAGCGAUGAUGGGGACACGAAGAUAGUUGAAAAGAAACCCAAAUCAAAUAGGAAAAGGAAGUAUAAUACAGUCACCAACAACUUCAGAAGGCUCAAGUUGCCCACUAAGAAUCGUAAUACCAAAUGGAGACGUAGAUAG